AUGAUUAAUAUUCCUCCUCGUUUCUUUUUGUUUCUAUUACAAAAGGCUUCACAUAGACAGGAGGAGGAGAUGUUCUCGCUUCCAACAACAUCUAAUACAGCCACACCGUCACCUCCGUCGUCGACAACAACGACGACGACAACAUCCGUUCCGGCUCCUGUGGCAUCUGCCGAGAAGACGCACGGAAUAGCAAUCGAUGAGCCGUGGCUCAUCAAGCCAUUCUAUUUAUUCUCGAUCUUCGCUGAUCGAACAUUUACACCUCAAAUGUUACGUGCUGUCGGUGGUAAUGAGCAAGGAUUACAACAAUUCUUGUUUCGCUAUCCAUCAUUAUUUACAGUCAAUAAUGAUACUGUAUCAGCUAAUAGUGCAACACCAGUACGCACAAUAAAUUCAUCGAAAUCUCAUCAUACGAAAAAUAAAUCCACAGUAUCAUCCGCCUCGACGAACGAGGCGAAUGAUAAUACUGGUGGAACAGAUAUUAUGACAACAUCAACAUCAACUAAUAAUAAUGAAACAGUAUGGGAUGCAAAAACAAUGCGAGAAAUCGAACAAGAAGCAAUAAAUUUUUUUAAAAAACAAUUAUCAAAACGUGAAGAAGAAUGGUUACCAAUUGUUAGUGUUGCUGGACAUGCAUCACAAGCAUCUGCUGAUGUACGAAAAUAUGUUGGACCACAAAAUGAAUUUAAAAUCUUUCUUUCACGUUAUCCAAAUAUUUUUAUUGUUCGUGAAGAUUUUUGUGGCCUUAGAGGUAAAGCAGAUAUACCAGGUGUACCAUUUCCACCACCUUCACCUCCACCCAAACGACGUGUUGCACUAUUAAAUAAUAACAUCAUUAAUACUAAUGGUACUAAUUUAAUGUUAACACGUUCGACAUCAUUUAAAGCAGGUACACGACCUAUAAUAACAAGUGGUAUGACUACAAGUAUGAAUAAUGGAUCAGUACCAAGUACACCAACAAGUACUAUUAAUCCAUCAAUGCUAUUAUCAUCUUCAUCAUCAUCUUCAUCAACAGCAACAAUAGCAACAUCAGCAAGUCGUAAUUCAUCUCAACGUUUAACACCUAAUGAAGUUAAAGCUGUACAUUAUGUAAUGCGUUUACUACAUAAAAAUGGUCAUGUUUUACUUCAAAAUGUACCUGGAUUAAUUGCUCGUGCACCUGAUCAUCUUGUUCAAACAAUUGGUUUUACACGUGAAGAUUUAAUAACAUUUUUUAAACGACAUAACGCAAUAUUUCAAUUACAUAUUGAUGGUACAGUUAGUGUUAAAUCGGAUGCUGCACGUGCAUUAUUAAAUAAAACUGACAAUACACAAAUAUCACCCACAUCUAUAUCAUUAGUUCAAUCUCAACAAUCAACAUCAAUAACAGCAGCAGGUGUUGUUAUACGUAUAUUUCCUAAAUAUGGUAUUUUAAAUAUGGAUAAUAAUGAACAAGUUUUUUUUGAUAUACAAUCAUGUCAUUUUGAAACAUUUAAUGAUCUUACAUGCGUUCUUAAUCCCGGCGAUACUAUGAAUUUUAAUGCUAUACUUGGUCCAAAAGAAGGUUCAACAAAAUGGAAAUCUUUAAAAACUUGGCCACGUCAAAAUAAUCGUCCUGCUCAAUUAAUAACUCCUAUUUCAUCAUCAUCGUCAUCACAUAUUGCUCAUUCAACAAGUGCAAAUAAUUUAUCAUUAAUUACAUCAGGUAAUGGUGGUUAUAUAUCACCUCCAUCAUAUGAUCAUUAUUCAACAAAUCAACAAUAUCAAAAUUCUAAUCCGUCUAACGGAUACGCACCUAUUGAUCAAGAUUUAAAUGCUUAUCAAAUGUCUAAUGAUACAAAUGGUGGACUUGAUGAAUCGAUUGAUAAUAAUAAUAUCAAUGGUAAUCAAUCACCACCACCAAUGUCACUUAUUAAUUCGACCGGUUCUAAUCGACAUAGUCGUCUUUGUUUACCACCAUUAGAUGAAGAACAAUGUCCAUUACCAAAAAUGGCUGGUGGUCUUGAUGCUGAAGUUCUUCGACGUAAUUUACAACAAGUAGCACGACGUAAAAAUGCAAUAUCAUUACGUGAACAAGCUGAUGAAACAGGUCGAUAUGUUUCUCAAGGCUGUCAAACAACAUCAACAGGAGAAAUUUUAGCCACAAAUAUACAUAUCGAAUAA